AUGGGUUCUGACGGAGCAACUUCGGCGGCGAACAGUCGGAGGAAACCGUCGUGGAGGGAGAGAGAGAACAACAGGAGGAGAGAGAGACGGAGGAGAGCGAUAGCGGCGAAGAUUUACGCGGGAUUGAGGUCUCAGGGGAAUUAUAAUUUGCCUAAACACUGUGAUAACAAUGAAGUCUUGAAAGCUCUCUGUGUUGAAGCUGGUUGGACCGUUGAAGAAGACGGCACUACCUAUCGAAGAGGAUCAAGGGCAGCAACAUCAGGUGAUGGAGCGGGAAAUUGUACCAGAAACAACCUAUUUUCGUCGCAAAAUCCAAGUCCUCUUUCGUCGUCAUUUCCAAGUCCGAUCCAUUCCUACCAAGUUAGCCCCUCCUCCUCUUCGUUUCCGAGCCCGACUCGUAUGGAUGCAAAUAAUAACCCAUCAAACUUCAUUCCAUAUGUUCGCAACAUUUUCCCCAAUAUGUCUCUCCCGCCUUUAAGAAUAUCAAACAGCGCACCUGUGACGCCACCUAUCUCAUCACCAACCUCGAGAAAUCCCAAACCCAUGAUCCCCACAUGGGAUUCAAUCGCCAAAGCAUCAAUUACAUCCUUCAAUCACCCUUUCUUUGCAGCUUCCGCACCGUCUAGCCCGUCGCACCGUCACCUCUAUACACCACCUACUAUACCUGAAUGCGACGAGUCUGAUACUUCUACCGUCGAGUCUAAUCAGUGGUUGAACUUCCAAGCCUUUGCUGCUUCUGCUAAAUCAUCGGUCUCUCCUACAUUGAACUUCCUGAAACCUGUAAUUAAUGAGCAGCAUAACAUGCUGCCUGAAAACAGAAUGCAAGAGAUGAGGAUUUCAGAGCCGGAGUUCGGAGCGCAGGUGGUGAAGCCUUGGGUUGGAGAAAGGAUUCAUGAAGUUGGAUUGGAUGAUUUGGAGCUUACUCUCGGAAACGGAAAAGCGCCUAGUUAA